GGCCGCAGCGACGCACGCGCGCGCCCUCAUACCCUUCUACUGAAAACUCUGGAUACAACGCUGCUAAUUUGAAAUGACCGGUUCUAGACACGAACGCCCGCGAUCUACCUGUGCUUCGAGAGUGUUUGCUCCGUAGUGAUUCCACUAAUUGGUGCUUUUUAGUGUGUGUCGCCGGGAAUGUACGAGAAGAGGCAUUGAACAACUUUACAAUGGCCCAAAUUGCAUUAAAUGGGUAAUUGCUGUGGUGAUAUAAACAAUUUAACAAAUCAUGAACAGUGAUACAAAAAGAUUAAACUUUUCGACCGUAACGUAACAAAAACAGCCGGCAAAAUGAAAAAUAGCGAGGAGUGUUUAGACUGACGACACUAGUGACUAUUGAUAAAUAAAAACAGUGUGAUAUUUAUUGAUCUUAUUUAAAAUUUAAGUUACUUAUAUAAAAGACAUUGUGUUACUACAAGCUUAUUGUAAAUAUUAACAAAUAGUGAUAAAAAAUACUAUUUAUAAGAAGAAAAGGAAACAAGCCUGCUGGCGGGCGUUUAUUGGGACUUGUCAAACGUGCAGCGGUCUCAGUGUGACGCGUCGGCGGCCAUCGCAGGCAUGGGAAUCAAAGUCAUGAUGAAAGCUUUCAAUAAGCCAAAAGACAUCCCAUCGCAGGUGCCGCCGCUCACGCCCGGCACCAACAAGAAGAUGGCCGAGGCGCUCAAGGCCACCUUUGCUUCUUGGGAAAAGGAGCAACUGCGCCUCGGUGUCCCCAAAGAUCCCCGACAAUGGAGCGAGGGUGCCGUGGCUGCGUGGCUCCGCUGGGCUGCACGGGAAUUCUCCCUCGAAGGCGUAGCGCUGCAACAGUUUGCGCGGGCGCAAGGCAAAGACAUAUGUGCCAUGGGACGGGAAGAGUUCGUCGCCCGCGCACCUGCUUUUAUGGGCGACAUACUGUGGGAACAUCUAGAAAUACUGCAAAAAGACGUAGAAAAGGAACGCUCGUUGCUUGCAAAUGUACCGCCGAAUAUGUACGAGAGCAACGUAUGCCUGCCCGAGCUGUCGGACUACAUUCCACCACCUCCGGCACAUCACUACAAUAAUAAUAACAAUACUGGAGGCUACACAACAGGAGGGCCUCGCGAAACAAACGCAUAUGGAUAUACGGAGGCUACAGGAGGCGCGGCAGCACCGGCGUCAGCGCCCGCGCCCGCGGCGGCGUCCCCUCUCGACGAGUACUACCAGCCGGAGUACUCGCCCGCGCCCCCCGCGGCCCCCUCCCAGCCCUACCUCGAGGACUACUACCACCACGCACACACGCAUACGCAGCCCCUGCUCACACACGAGCCCAAGUACCAACCACAUACGUACACCAAACCAUAUCCCAGAGGUGCUGGCGGAAGGUACGGUGGCGAGGGCUACGGCGAAAGCUACGCACCGGAGUACGGUGGCGGUUGCGCCGAAUGGGGCGAAUGGCCCGGCGAGCAGCACGUGCUCAUACCGCAGGACAAGCUCGCGUACCCCGCAUCAGGGCCCUGUUUCACCGGUUCAGGCCCCAUCCAGCUGUGGCAGUUCCUGCUAGAGCUCCUCACCGACAAAAGCUGCCAGGGGUUCAUCUCGUGGACCGGAGAUGGAUGGGAAUUCAAACUCACCGACCCAGAUGAAGUGGCGAGACGCUGGGGCAUUCGCAAAAACAAGCCGAAAAUGAACUAUGAGAAACUGUCACGUGGUCUACGUUACUACUAUGACAAGAAUAUAAUCCACAAGACAGCCGGCAAGCGCUACGUCUACCGCUUCGUCUGCGACCUGCAGAGCUUGCUCGGAAUAUCGCCGGAGCAGUUACACGCAAUGUAUGAACCCAAAAUGGAAAAGAAAGAUGACGACUGAGCGACUCUUGUGCGCCUCGAUCGCAAUACACUUCAAACCUACAGCGAUCAACACUCACAGAUAUACCACACGAGCUCAGCCAACGAGCUUAAAACUCUGAUGUCAUGAAAAUACCCUUCAGUUAGCUCGACCGAUGUCCGCAUUGCGUUCCUUUAUCUUUAUACAGAUAUAUUUUAUAAUUGAGCAUACAUUGAAACUAUAUGGUACUCGCUAAUAUUGUAAUGAAGGCUGCUUUAUAGAAAAGUGAAAAGUCAUCAUGUGAUAAAUUUUAUUAUACACUUAUAGACAAUGACAGAAUUAAAGUACUCGUACAUUUCUUUCCAUAAACAUUAUCUUAUUGAGAUUCCAUUAUUGAAAAAAAUGUUUUAUAAUUUAUAUUUUCAGUCACUCAACAAUUUAUGGAUAAAAACCUUAGUUCGUUUCGCAUGAUAGUUCGUGCCAAAAAACUUGAAAAUUUAUUAGAUAUAAAUUUUCUAGUUUUUUGGCACUUCGAUAACAAGAAUGUGAAUAAAAAUUUGUGACAAAUGCUUUUAAUACUUCUUUUAGGGGUGUUAUUCUAGAACUGAAGUCGUAUUAUAUUGUGUCUCAUAACGAUGUCGGAUUUGAUCUCAUACACAACCACCAGUUGAAUUGUUAUUAAUACUUACUAACUACAGCCAAAUCAAUAUCCAUAUUAUGCCUUUUAUAUGGAAAGUCUAUGCUAUACCUACUCACAUUUUAUAUUGAUGUAUAAAUAAGUACCAAAAAGACCAAUGGUGCCUUAUCACAAAUGAUUGUUAUUCAAUUAUUAAAUAAAAUAUAAAUAUUAUUUACGUCUCGUUAGAAUCACCCAGUAUUGAGCACUAACUUAUUUAAUAAUUUCUAAUCCAACAGUAAUUACUGAUGUACCGAUAUUAGAUAGGGUACUAUACGAAAUUUUUAAAUUAUCGAAAAAAGUCAACGGGCGAAACUAUUUACCUAGUGCUAAAAUAGUAAAAUUCUGCUAUAAUUUUAACAAUAACUGUAAAUAUAAGUUAAUUUUGUUACUUUAUAAAAAUAAUUAGGUAUUAUAUUAUAAUAGGUAUUAAGUGUUGUAUGUUUGAUUGGCAGAUUGUUGCAAUAUGCGGUUUAAUAAAAACAUAGAUGAUGACGGACAUGGAAAUUUCUAAACAAACAAUUAGUUCUGUAAAGUCCAAAGAUUUUCAAAACUUAUUUUAUAACUUCCCACCAAUUGGAAAAAUAUCGUGAAAUAUUAACUAAAGGACUUCGUCACUGUGCAAAUUCUGUACACCAAUAUAUUACAAUAUACACAAACAAGGUUUUCAACUCAACCCGAAUUACUUAAUGAUAAUUAUAUAGACAAUUUUAACUGUGUCAUGAUGCAUAUAAGAAAAAUCGAAAUUUAAAGCAACACCGGGUGACGUCAUUAGUCGCUGAUCUCGUGGUAAGGGAUUGUAAUGUCUUACUAGUUAUGAAAUUAAUUAGUUGUAUUAUUUUCAAUUUUUGUAGAUCCUAGCAUACACCGAAGAUAUUUCGAUAAGUUUAUUUUGUAAAGUAUUUCUCCAUCAAUAUCAUACUCCAUUUCUUUUCAAGUGCAAUGCUUUCGGUAGGACAUAUUUACGGAAUUUUUACAUUGUUUAUUAAUGGUGCUCGAUGUUUCUGAACACAACUAAAUUAAGUAUAUUAUAACGUCUUCCCUGUCUAUUAUACUAUAUUGUUUAGUCGCCACUUAGUACAUAUUUUCAAUCCUGUAUUCGUUGGUACCUAUAGACUACUGAAUUCUGACAUCUGUUUUAUUAAUUUAAUAUAAACAUUAGUCGAGCUGUAAAGCGAGAAAGAAUUAUAGAUAUUAUGGCAUAAACGAUGUAGGUAUAUGCUGAACUUUCAAGCUGUAUUUUUAUUAGGCGUUGUAUGCUAUCAAUGUAUGUAAACUUGAAUUCCAAACACACGCCAUUACCAAGUGAUACCCAUUGUAGUUACGGCCAAAUUUUGAAUGUAUAAGUGUCGUUGUAUGUAUUGAUGGAAGAUAUAAAUUUAAAUAUAUAUAUAUUUACGAAA